CAGUUUCUAGCAAUCAAAAGUGGAAGCAGCUCAAUACCCACAAAUCUCUCUCUCUCUCUCUCUCCAGGACGGGUGAACACCGGCGAAGACCUCGGCACCUAGAUAUAUCAUCUCCGGCCUAUGUCAGAUUAUUAUUUCUGAACCAUUUCAUUCACACUAUCCAAGUCAGUUCUUGCAAUUAAGGACCACUACGCUAUAUUGCUUUCUCGGUGCUGACCAAUGGGGAGUGUCAAUGAAGAGAAACUCAGGUUUUGCAUCGACCGAGGGGGUACAUUCACUGAUGUUUACGCUGAAAUUCCGGGUCAGUCUGAAGGCCGAGUUAUGAAGCUGUUGUCUGUUGACCCAUCCAAUUAUGAUGAUGCUCCAGUUGAAGGAAUCAGGAGGAUUUUGGAGGAAUUUACUGGUGAGAAUAUUUCCCGUCGUACAAAAAUACCCACAAAUAAGAUAGAGUGGAUAAGGAUGGGUACGACUGUGGCAACAAAUGCACUAUUGGAGAGGAAAGGGGAGAGGAUUGCGUUAUGUGUGACUCGAGGCUUUAGGGAUCUCCUGCAGAUUGGUACCCAGGCUCGCCCAAAUAUCUUUGAUCUUACUGUAUCAAAACCUUCAAAUCUUUAUGAGGAGGUUAUAGAGGUUGACGAGAGAAUUGAACUUGUUCUUGACCACGAAGAACUAAGCCAAGAUUCUUCGGCAUCACUAGUUAAAGGUGUUUCGGGUGAGUUUGUCAGAGUUGUGAAGCCAUUCAAUGAGGAAGCUCUAAAGCCUUUGCUAAAAGAUCUAUUGCAAAAAGGAAUUAGCUGCUUGGCUGUUGUGUUAAUACAUUCUUACACUUAUCCUCAGCAUGAAAUAUCUGUGGAAAAGUUAGCUGUGAGUUUGGGCUUCAGACAUGUUUCCUUAUCGUCUGCUUUGACUCCUAUGGUUCGAGCUGUUCCUCGGGGUCUCACUGCAAGCGUGGAUGCAUACCUGACCCCGGUCAUCAAAGAAUACCUAUUAGGGUUCAUAUCCAAAUUUGAUGAAGGGCUUGAGAAGGUGAAUGUUUUGUUCAUGCAAUCAGAUGGAGGACUAGCACCAGAAAGCAGAUUUUCAGGUCACAAAGCAGUUUUGUCGGGUCCGGCAGGUGGCGUCGUUGGUUACUCGCAAACUCUUUUUGGGCUUGAAACAGACAAGCCCCUCAUAGGCUUUGACAUGGGUGGUACAUCUACUGAUGUUAGCCGAUAUGCGGGAAGCUAUGAGCAAGUUCUAGAAACCCAGAUUGCCGGAGCAAUAAUCCAAGCACCUCAGCUCGACAUAAACACUGUUGCCGCUGGUGGUGGGUCAAAGUUGAAGUUUCAGUUAGGAGCUUUUAGGGUAGGACCAGAAUCCGUGGGUGCACACCCAGGUCCAGUUUGUUAUCGGAAAGGAGGAGAAUUGGCAGUGACAGAUGCAAAUCUUAUUUUGGGAUUUGUAAUACCUGAUCAUUUCCCAUCCAUCUUUGGCCCUCUCGAAGAUCAGCCUUUAGAUAUCAAGGCAACUACAGAAGAAUUUGAGAAACUUGCAGAGCGGAUUAAUUUCUACAGAAAGAGCCAAGAUUCAUCCACAAAGGACAUGAUGGUGGAGGAGAUUGCCCAGGGUUUCGUGAAUGUUGCCAAUGAGACCAUGUGCCGUCCAAUACGGCAACUAACAGAGAUGAAGGGCCAUGAGACAAAGAACCAUGCUCUUGCUUGCUUUGGAGGUGCUGGACCCCAACAUGCCUGUGCCAUUGCUCGGUCACUGGGUAUGAAAGAGGUACUCAUUCACAGGUUCUGUGGGAUCUUAAGUGCAUAUGGCAUGGGACUGGCAGAUGUCGUUGAAGAGGCACAGGAACCAUAUUCUGCUGUUUAUGGUCCUGAAUCUGUCCUAGAGGCAUCUCGUAGAGAAUGUAUUUUGUUGAAACAGGUAAAUCAGAAGCUGCAAGAGCAAGGGUUCAAAGAGGAAAAUAUUACAACUGAGACAUAUUUAAAUUUAAGGUAUGAAGGUACAGAUACUGCAAUCAUGGUAAAGAGACCGAGAAAUGAACACGGCUCGGGAGCUGAUUACGCUACCGAAUUUGUUAAGCUUUUCCAGCAAGAAUAUGGGUUCAAACUACAAAAUAGGAACAUCCUUAUAUGUGAUGUAAGGGUUCGUGGUGUUGGAGUAACUAAUAUAUUGAAGCCAAGGGCCUUAGAACCUGCCUCAGGUGCCCCUAAAGUUGAAGGCCACUACAAUGUUUACUUUGGAAAUAAAUGGCAUGAUACUCCUUUGUUUAAACUAGAGGAUCUGGGAUAUGGGCAUGUAAUGCCUGGCCCUGCAAUUAUCAUGAAUGGUAAUAGCACGGUGAUAGUCGAACCCAACUGUAAAGCUAUUAUUACCAAAUAUGGAAACAUUAAAAUUGAUAUUGGUUCAACUUUAAGCACCAUGAAAUUAACAGAAAAAGUUGCGGAUGUUGUGCAGCUUUCAAUCUUCAAUCACAGGUUUAUGGGAAUAGCUGAACAGAUGGGGCGCACCCUUCAGAGAACUUCGAUAUCAACAAAUAUUAAAGAGCGGCUAGAUUUCUCUUGUGCUCUCUUUGGUCCUGAUGGAGGCCUAGUGGCCAAUGCUCCUCAUGUUCCUGUGCACUUGGGAGCUAUGUCCAGCACAAUCAGGUGGCAACUCAAUUAUUGGGGUGACAAUUUGAAUGAAGGAGACGUUUUGGUUACAAAUCAUCCUUGUGCUGGAGGUAGCCACCUACCUGACAUAACAGUUAUCACACCUGUUUUUGAUAGUGGGAAACUGGUAUUCUUCGUUGCGAGUAGAGGACAUCAUGCAGAGAUAGGUGGUAUUACUCCCGGAAGUAUGCCACCUUUCUCAAAGUCCAUAUGGGAAGAAGGAGCUGCGAUAAAAGCAUACAAGCUUGUUGAGAAUGGCAUUUUUCAAGAAGAAGGGAUCACCAAACUUCUCCGUUUCCCUUCUGAUGAAUCGGCUCAUAACAUCCCAGGAACGCGCAGGCUUCAAGAUAAUUUAUCAGAUCUUCAUGCACAAGUAGCUGCAAAUCAGAGAGGGAUUUCUCUUAUCAAGGAGCUUAUUGAGCAGUAUGGUUUGGAGACUGUUCAGGCUUACAUGACCUAUGUGCAGGUUAAUGCAGAAGAAGCAGUGAAAGAAAUGCUCAAGUCAGUCGCUGCUAGAGUUCAUUCCAAGUCACCCAAGUUUGGAGGUGGAGACUCAGUGACCAUUGAAGAAGAGGAUUACAUGGAUGAUGGAUCUGUUAUACACUUGAAACUUACCAUUGAUCCUGAGAAAGGAGAAGCAGUUUUUGAUUUUUCUGGGACCAGCCCAGAAGUUUACGGAAAUUGGAAUGCCCCGGAAGCUGUGACAGCUGCUGCAGUCAUUUACUGCCUCCGUUGUCUGGUGAAUGUUGAUAUUCCUCUCAAUCAAGGUUGCUUGGCUCCUGUUAAGAUCCAUAUCCCGACAGGUUCAUUUCUUUCUCCUAGUGAUAAGGCUGCCGUUGUGGGAGGUAAUGUUCUGACAUCUCAGAGAAUAACUGACGUUGUGCUUACUGCGUUUCAAGCUUGUGCUUGUUCUCAGGGUUGCAUGAAUAAUCUCACCUUUGGGGACAAAACUUUUGGGUACUAUGAAACCAUUGCAGGUGGAAGUGGGGCUGGCCCCACCUGGAAUGGGACCAGUGGGGUCCAGUGCCAUAUGACUAACACACGUAUGACGGAUCCAGAGAUCUUUGAACAGAGAUAUCCGGUUCUUUUGCAUAAGUUUGGGUUAAGAGAGAAUAGUGGAGGUGCUGGACUUCAUAAAGGAGGUGAUGGGCUUGAUAGGGAGAUAGAAUUUAGGCGCCCAGUUGUCGUGAGCAUUCUUUCAGAGAGGCGUGUUCAUGCACCAAGAGGGUUGAAGGGAGGAAAUGAUGGAGCUCGGGGAUUUAAUUACCUUUUUACAAAAGAUAAACGUAGGGUAAACCUCGGAGGCAAAAACACAGUCGAGGUGCAGGCUGGGGAAAUUCUGCAGAUUUUAACUCCUGGUGGUGGUGGGUGGGGUUCUAUUUGAUUCUUUCCAGACAUUUUGUGGAUUGAAGAUUACAAGGGGAUAAUCAAUUUUGAUUUCCCUAGCAACUCAGAAACAUGUCUACACAAGGUUGAUCACAGAGGUUUGAACACCUUGGAUUAGCUGUGAAGCUGAUCACUUAUGAAGAUGGCUUCAAUUUAUACGCAUUUUUUUUGCUUCAAGGAGAAACUUUAAUUAGCAAUAAGGGGCUGUGGAUCUGUGUUGCCUUAUGUUAUAAAGCGGCAUAAUCCAAGCUGCAAAGACGAGAUAUUGGCUCUGUUUACGUGGAAGUGUAACAUACCACAUUAUUAUGAUGUUCUUCAUAUGGAAAUUCUAAAGAGGCAAAUAUGUUGUGAACCUGUUAUUGCCUGGUUUCUAACUUUUUAAAAUACUAUGGUUUAUUUUGUAGCCCUAAUAAAUAGGGGGUUGUAUUACAAUUUUUGCUAAAGCAAGAGGAAUGACAUGCUGUAUUGGUGCUUUCUUUUUAAUUGUUGCAUAACUGGAAGUGUAACUAAGUCGAGGGGUGCUACUGUAUUUCUUAGUUUAACAGUGUGAUUUGUCUUUCAAAAAAAACC